AUGGCCCCAGUAGCUUAUUUCUCAAAAAAGCUAGACUCAGUGGCAGCCGGAUGGCCACCAUGCCUCUGCAUCAUAGCUGCUACAGCUAUGUUAACAAAAGAUGCUCAGAAGUUGACUCCCAGUCAGAAAUUGACCAUGACUACUCCUCAUGCUGUAGAUGGAAUCCUUCAACAACCUCCUGACAGGUGGAUCAGCAAUGCCCGAUUAACUCAUUAUCAAAGCUUGUUGCUAAACCCACCUGUCAUUCAGUUCUCAUCCAGAGCAUCCUUGAACCCAGCUACCUUGCUCCCUGACCCCGAAUUAGAUGCUCCCUUACAUGACUGCUCUGAGAUUCUGAGCUGCACAUCCAGCCUCCGUGAAGACCUGAAAGACCAGCCUUUAAAAGGAACAGAAGUGAACUGGUAUACUGAUGGGAGCAGCUUCAUCAGAGAUGGGGUAAAGUAUGCUGGGGCCAUGGUAACUACUGAACAUGAGACUGUGUGGGCAGCCGCCCUGCCUGCAGGGACUUCAGCCCAAAAAGCUGAAUUAAUUGCUCUCACAAAAGCCCUCAACCUAGGAAAAGGGAAAAGACUUAACAUCUACACUGAUAGCCACUAUGCCUUUGCCACAGCCCACAUCCAUGGGGCUAUAUAUCGAUAA